GACCAGAGAGACCCACCUCUCUUUUCUCCCUAUUUAUUUUCUUCAACGUCUAGAAAUUCUCAUCCUCGCAUUUGAACUUUCCCAUCUCCCUAACAGUGAAGAUAUCACAUUGAAACCUCCGAAACCUCAAUUCUGAAUCAUAUUCUUCCAGAAGAAGGAGAUGAAAGCAGGAGCGGUGGUUGAAGAGGGGUUCAUCUACGAGGAAGAGAUCCAACUCACUGUUCUCAAGACCUCCCUCUUCUUCACUGGCGAUGGCUUCACUGUCUACGACCCCAAGGGCACGCUCGUCUUCCGAGUCGACUCCUACGAGCCUGACGCACGUGACAAGGGCGAGCUCAUUCUCAUGGACGCCUCCGGCCGCUGUCUCCUCACGGUCCGCCGAAAGAGGCCGAGUCUACAUCAACGGUGGGAAGGGUUCCUUGGGGAGGGAAUCGACGGGAAGAAGCCGAUCUUCAGCGUGAAGAGAUCAUCGAUAAUCGGACGGUCGGGCGUGACGGUGGAGAUGUACAACAAUCCAGGUGAGGACUACCAGAUAGAGGGCUCCUUCAGCCAUCGAUGUUGCACGAUUUUUAAUGCAGCCAAGGAGUCAGUGGCUGAGAUCAGACGCAAAGUGGAUGCUUCAACGCAUGUGAUGCUUGGGAAGGACGUUUUCACCCUGUGCCUCAAGCCUGGCUUCGAUGGGGCUUUUGCCAUGGGAUUAGUGCUCGUUCUUGAUCAGAUCAGUGAUGAUUAUGAGGAUGAUGGGCUUCAGGUGGACCCCGCCGCAAACGAUUUAAGUCUUUAAGUCCUGUACCUUGAUUUUGCGUUUUGUUAGGACCAUGACAUUUCUUUUUCUUGUGGUAAUGGCCGCCGGCAUCUUUUCUUGCCUC